CUGCAGCUUCUAGGACCCGGUUUCUUUUACUGAUUUAAAAACAAAAUGAAAAAAAAAAUAAUAAAAAAGUUGUGCCUGAAAUGAAUCCUGUUUUUUUUAAUAAGUAGCCUCCUGGUUCCAGUGCCCUGUUCAAUACAGGCACUCGAUCCUUGGUGUAGCUUCUGUUCAACUUUGUAUCACGGGAACGGAUUGGCCUGAUUUCUCAGCCUUCGUCUUGAAUUUGGCCCCAAACAGGGUCCCUGGCAAGUGGAGUGAAGGCUUUUUGUCUAAAGAUGACAAGGGUCAGCUCAGGGGUUGUUGGGGAGAGCGCUUUCAAAAUCUUCCCCGUUGUCAUUUGAGGUUUUGAACUCUGGGUAAAGAGGCCGUUUAUCUUUGUAAACACAAAACAUUUUUGCUUUCUCCGGUUUUAUGUUAAUGGCGAAAGAAUGGAAGCGAAUAAAGUUUUACUGAUUUUUGAGACACUAGCACCUAGCGCUUUCAUUAUUGAAAUGGGGGAGGGGAGGGGCGGUUCUGGGUGCGGCCUGCCAUAAGACUCUUAAGUCAUCAGCCCACGUGGCUGGGGCGGGGACUUGGGCGCCCUGGGCGCCUAGUGAUUACGUAACGGGCGGGGCCGGAAGUGCCGCUCCCGGGUGGGGGCUGUUCAUGGCGGUUUCGGGGUCUCCAGCAGCUCAGGUUGAAGUCCAAAAGCCUCCCGAGGUGGGGUCUGCGGAAUUUGAGGUUUUUGCUGGUGUGAAAUGACUGAGUACAAACUGGUGGUGGUUGGAGCAGGUGGUGUUGGGAAAAGUGCUUUGACAAUCCAGCUAAUCCAGAACCACUUUGUGGAUGAAUAUGAUCCCACCAUAGAGGAUUCUUACCGAAAACAAGUGGUGAUUGACGGUGAGACCUGUCUGCUGGACAUACUGGACACAGCUGGACAAGAGGAGUACAGUGCCAUGAGAGACCAGUACAUGAGGACAGGCGAAGGGUUCCUCUGUGUAUUUGCCAUCAAUAAUAGCAAAUCCUUUGCAGAUAUUAACCUCUACAGGGAGCAGAUUAAGCGUGUGAAAGACUCUGAUGACGUGCCCAUGGUGCUGGUAGGGAACAAGUGUGACUUGCCAACAAGGACAGUCGAUACAAAGCAAGCCCACGAGCUGGCCAAGAGCUACGGAAUUCCAUUCAUUGAAACCUCAGCCAAGACCCGACAGGGUGUGGAAGAUGCCUUUUACACACUCGUGAGGGAGAUACGCCAGUACCGAAUGAAGAAGCUCAGCAGCAGUGAUGACGGCACUCAAGGUUGUCUGGGGCUGCCCUGUGUGCUGAUGUAGGGAGAUCAUUUGAAAGUUCUGUCAUCAGAAAAGAGCCACUUUCAAGCUGCACUGAUGCCCUGGCUCUGACAUCCCUGGAGGAGACGUUCCUGCUGCUCUCUGCAUCUCAGAGAAGCUCCUGCUUCCUGCUUCCCCGACUCAUUUACUGAGCACAGCCAUCUAACCUGAGACCUCUUCAGAAUAACUACCUCCUCAUUCGGCUGUCCGACCAGAGAAAUGGAUCUGUGUCUCCCCAGUAGUUCUCUGCCCUGGGUUUUCCCUAGAAACAAACACACCUACCAGCUGGCUUUGUCCUCUGAAAAGCAGUUUACAUUGAUGCAGAGAACCAAACUAUAGACAUGCAAUUCUGUUGACAACAGUUUCUUAAGCUCUAAGGUAACAACUGCUGGUGAUUUCCCCUGUGCCCCCAGCUGUUGAACUUGCCCUUCUUAGUUUGGGGGAAAAUGUCAUAAAUUACUCUCUUCCCAAGAAUAUAAAUAAUUUGCUGAUUGAUUGAUUUGUAGUGUGAUUAGCUAUAUUCUAUAAACUGGCAUCUGCUCUGUAUUCAUAAAUGCAAACAUGAAUACUCUCAACUGCAUGCAAUUAAAUCCAACAUUCACAACAAAGUGCCUUUUUCCUAAAAGUGCUCUGUAGGCUUCUGUUACAGUUUGUAAUUGGAAUAGAUGUUUCAAGAACCAUUGUAUAGGAAAGUGACUAUGAUCCAUGUACCUUUGAGGGAAAGGUAUAACUACCCAAUGGCAGAUGCUUUGUAUAUAUACAUGAAGAUAGUUCCCCUGUUUGGAGUUCUCCCAGGAGAAAGAUGGAACCGAAACAAUUAUGAGUAAUUUCAUUUAAUUCUAGCUAAUCUUUUUUUUUUUGGGGGGGGGGGUAGGUUACCACCUAUAAAUAUUUGUCAUUUCUUCUAGCUUAAACUGAUAAUCUAAUAAUCAAUGAGCUUCCAUUGUAAUAAAUUGGUUCAUACCAAGAAGCCCUCCAUUUAUAGUUAGUCAGAUACUGUAAAAAUUGGCAUGUUAUUACUUUAUAGCUGUGAUUAAUGAUUCUUCAAACCUUAAAUAAAGUUAUUAGCAGGCAGGUUAUAUCUUUGCUGCAUAGUUUCUUCAUGGUGUAUAUAUAUAUGGAGAGAGAAUGGCCCUCAGUUCCCUUCUCAGCAUCUCUCUUCUCUCAGCCUAUAGCAUCCUAUAGGGGCUUGAAUAAUUAUCUCAGUUGAAUAAACCAUGGUGCUAAUGGACCAGGUCAUGGUUUCAAAACUUGAACAAGCCAGUUAGCAUCACAGAGAAAACAGUUCAUCCAUGUUUGCUCCCUGCCUAUUAUUCCUGUUUAUAGACUUUUGCCUGAUGCCUGCUGUUAGCGCUAUAAGGAUAAAACUUAGUGUGGUUCUGUACCAGGACUAGAAAUACCUGGUGAGCUGUGGGGUAAGCCUAGAUAUCUUUACAUUUUUCAGACCCUUAUUUUUAGCCAUAUGGAAACCGAAGCCAGAGUUCAUACGUCCAUCUCUCCUCCCAUUAGAUUAAUGUUCUUUAAUCUAUAUAGCUUUUUAAAAGUAUUUAAAACAUGUCUAUAAAUUAGGCUGCCAACUAACAAAAGCUGAUGUGUUUGUGCAAAUAAAUAGGUAUCGUUUGCUACU